CUCGCUGGUCGUCCGUCUACUCGCUAUUUGGUCAUUGGCGCCCUCUCCUCACACGUAAUCACACCGAGAUUAUAAACGCUUACCCUCAUUGUGGUGCGGGCGCCCGCGCCGGUCGAUUGAGUGCGCUGCGAGGUGGUGUUUGCGGGAGGGUGAGGUACGGAGAGAGGGAGAGAGACGCCGUUGCGCAAGCCCGGGCCUGGCUGGUGGCGCCGACUUUGUUCGCUCUUCCUUGUCCCGACGGCCGCACGUUCACCCAGAGCUCGCAUCGCGCCUCCUUAGAUGGCCAGCAUCCCGGGACAUGUCAACGAGAAUGAAAUAGCACAAGCCCGGCUAAUUGCGGAUCUUUGGGCACCCAGUGUUCCAUUUGAACAGAAAUCAGGCUGUGAAACUUGGACCGUUGCCUUUGCACCUGAUGGCUCCUACUUUGCUUGGUCUCAAGGCCACCGUGUCGUAAAGUUAGUUCCUUGGUCUCAGUGCCAAAAUAAGUUCUGUAUUGAUGAGUACAAUAAUACAGGCAAUAAGAGUCAUCAAAAGCAAAAUUCUGAUGCUCGUAAGAAUGCAGCAGCAGAGCAUAUUAUAGACUGCGGAGAUAUUGUGUGGGCCCUUGCUUUUGGCUCCUCUGUACCUGGAAAACGCAGUCGCUGUGUGAACAUUGAAUGGCACCGAUUCAAGUUUGGUCGAGACCAGCUAUUAUUGGCAACUGGCUUAAGCAAUGGACGCAUCAAAAUUUGGGAUGUCUAUACAGGUAAAUUCCUCCUUAAUUUGAUGGACCACACUGAAGUUGUUCGUGAUUUGACCUUUGCACCUGAUGGCAGCCUCAUCCUUGUUUCUGCAUCAAGAGAUAAGACUCUGAGAGUCUGGGACCUUAAGGAUGAUGGCAAUAUGGUGACCAUACUGAAGGGACAUAACAACUGGGUGUACUGCUGUGCCUUCUCCCCAGAUUCAAACAUUCUCUGUUCUGUUGGAGCUGGAAAAGCGGUUUUUCUGUGGAGCAUGGAUAAAUACACAAUGAUUCGUAAAUUGGAAGGUCACCUGAAUGACGUCGUAUCAUGUGAAUUCUCUCCUGAUGGAGCACUAUUGGCAACAGCCUCCCAUGACACAAGAGUUAUUGUUUGGGAUCCACACAUAGGCAGUAUUUUAUUGGAACUAGGGCAUUUGUUUCCGUUUCCUACUCCAAUAUUUGCUGGUGGAGCAAAUGAUCAUUGGGUGAAUUCUGUUGCCUUUUGCCACGAUGGUAUGCACAUUGCCAGCAUUGCUGAUGACAAAAUAUUACGGUUCUGGAGCAUUGAUGCAGACUGUCCAGUGGAGGUUGCACCAUUAUAUAAUGGAAUAUCUUGUGGCUUUUCUCCAGAUGGUCAUGUUCUUGCUACAGGGUCACGCGAUGGAAGUGUUCACUUCUGGGCUACCCCCAAACAAGUCUCCAGCCUUCAACAUCUUUGCCGCAUGACCCUACGAAGAGUAUUGGCUACAAGUUCUGUUGAGAAACUGGCCAUCCCGUCCCAGAUAGUUCACUACCUGACAUAUCAGAAGUCUGACCAGUGUGAACUGCUUAAUGUGAAGGCUUAAGAGCAAAUUGCUUUUGUGAUACAAAUGUAUUAAAGCAGGUUCAUUUUUUUUUGCUGCCUUGUAAACCAAGAGAUUGUAGCAUCUUUACAGCAUGGAGACUUCAUACAGACUUACUUUCUCUUAAACUGUACAUAUUCUGUAAACUUGUACCAUUUUUAUAUAUAUCAGUCUUGUACAAUGGUUAUUUUCUGUUCUUAUGCUGUUGAUGGUCCAAUCCCUCUUUCAGGUCAUUUUAGUAACGUGGCAACAGGGAGGUGGGUGUGAAAUUUUGUUUGAUCUUUUGCUCCAGUCUGGAACAGAGGGAAAAACUGUCAACUGCCAAAGAUUUGAACACUUUGCAAAUGCGAGUAUUACUGUACUUGAAAUGUGAAUUUAUUUUUGUUCCAUUUUUAAGUAUUAAAAGGUUAUGUUUUAUC